AUGGCUCUAACGAAGCUCACCGCGAUCAUCACCAGCAUAGUAUACGCACUUCUUGCCCAAGCCGCUGAUGCAAACUUCUGCGAUCCUCCAUCUCCAGCCUUUUUCCCACCGAAUAUCAGCCAUCCAGCACACACCAAGCUUCUCAGUCACACCACCGCGAAGCUAUCAUCUCACCUAAACCGGCUAAUUUCCAGCUACGAAUACAACACCACAUCAUUCUCUGUCGAAGUCACAUCACAAACCGAAACCCUCCUCAGUCUCCAUCACACCGCACGUGAACGAAGCACUCUCUACCAUGGCGGCGCCAAGGUCAUCAACGACACAACAUGCUACCGCAUCGCCAGCAUAACCAAAUCAUUCACCGUCCUUGCCCUGUUCCAGCUCCAAGAAGUCGGCAAACUCAAUCUCGACGACUCGAUCUUAACAUACUUACCCGACCUAAACGGCACAGGCCACCUCCCCUGGAAAGACAUCACCAUCCACUCCCUCGCAAGUCAAAACGCCGGGCUACCGAGGGACUUCGCACAAGACGACUACGUCAAUCAUCCUGAAGUCCCGGAUAAGCUCGGGUUGCCAAGGCUAGAUCCUCAUAGUAAACAGUACAGAGAUCUGCCGAGCUGCGAUGAAAUGGUAAAUUAUACGAGAAGCUGUGAUGAGGAUGAUUUUCUGGAUUGGAUAAAGAGGAUCCAGCCGACUUUUGCGCCGAAUCAGAGGAGUAGUUAUUCGAAUAUCAAUUUUGAUCUUCUGGGGUUGGUAAUUGGGAAUGUUACGGGGAUGAGUUAUGAGAGAUAUGUUACGGAGCAUAUUUUGGAGCCUUUGGGACUUACGUCUGGGACGGGGUUCGAAGCACCGCCUGAUGCUCAGGCAGCUAUUGCAAAGGGGAUAGAAUAUUACUGGAGCUUCUACAUUGGUGUGCAAAAUCCAACAGGUGGGCUUUACGCGAACACGAAGGACAUGAGUAUAUGGCUACGUUAUGCGCUUAGCACUUUCAAUGCCCAUGCUCACGGAGCAUUGAAUUGGUUCCAGCCAACGAGCUGGAGUGAUGGGCUAAGUACUUUCUACGGUAUGCCGUGGGAGAUCUUCCGAGCAAAGACCAGCGAUAUCAUUGACAGCAAGAGCGACAGAGCACUCACGUUCAUAACCAAAGGCGGCGGUCUUCCUGGCUAUACUAGCUGGAUCGUCAUGAUCCCGGAAUACAGCAUAGGAAUUACGGUCCUGGUCGCCGGAAACAGCAAAGCCAUGUCCGAGAUUGCGCACAUCGUGAUUAGGGAAAUGGUUGCUUUGGCAGAGGAGAUCGUGUUGAAAGAGCUACACUCUCAGUAUGUCGGACAAUACGUUGACCAUGUAAACAACGAUACUACCAUGGUCAUCAAAGUCUCCGAGACUAACGGGCUAUACGUCGACAGCUGGACAUCAAACGGCACAGACGUGAAGAAAGGACUGAAAGACUUCUUCUCACAGGACGGCAGCGACAUCGUCUUGCAUCUUUCUCCCACUCUGCUCUAUGCUAAUCAGAAGGGACAGCAGGGAGAGAGAUGGAGGAUACUACUGAGGAAAGCAAGUACGGGGAGGCCUGAAAAGCCAAGUGUGUGGGAUAAGUUUUGUGUUGCGGACGUUGAGCUUUUCAUGUAUGGCGGCGUUGCGAUGAAUGAGUUGGUAUUCUGGAAGGGGGAGGACGGUGCUACAGAUGAGAUCGAGCCUGUGGCGUACAGGACCAGCUUGAAGAGAUCGGCGGCGGUGGGAACUUACAGCCCCUACGAGUCUGGCGAUCAAGCAUAUGUCGGUUCCUGA